UCCAGAAUCCCACAAUCCACCGGAAGCCGGCCGGCUUCGUGCGAUGAGAUUCUCCUCAACAAUUUACCGCGCUGGGAACGCAUCGCUCUGAGUAUAAACAACAAAAGGACAAGCCCGUCAGCUCAUAAUGUCUAUAUGGAAUAUGAUGCCGAAUUAAAGAAUAUCUCUAUGUCCGCAUGUGAUCCAUAUCCCUCCACGUUCAUAUAUUUUAUGUAAACAUCUGUUUAGUGCUACCACAACCCACUGCAGCUACCACUCUCUGUGUGAAACUAAACUGGCUCUGCACAUUUCCCUCUCACCUUAAAGGUCAACCUACUGCCCAGGAUGACCUUUCGUAUUUGACAUUUCUACCCUGGGAAAAAGAUUUUGGCUGUGUACCUAUCUAUGCCUCUCGCAAUUUUAUAACCUUCUCUCAGGUCAUCUCUCAGCCUGUGACAGCCAAGAGUAAAAAACCUCAAGUUUCUCCAACCUCGCCUUGUAGCUGAUACCUCACAUCUGGUAAACUUUUGCUCAUUCCAAAGCUUCCAAAUUCAUCUAGUAAUGGAUAGUGAUUAAGCAAAUAAUUGCAUUGACAAACCCAGCAUUUAUUACACAUUUCAAACUGCCUGAACAUUUAUGAGUUCUUCACGUCGAUGGAUACAGAGUUACAAAGGAACGGUGCGAUAUCACGUCAAUGGGUACAAGAUUACAAAGGAGAGGUCUAUGAGAGCCUUCCAGCCCGUUGCAAACUGCAUCCCUCAAUCCUUGCUGAAAUCAGGAUUUUGAGGAAGAAAUUUUCUAUGGCCAAAGGAUUAAUGAUUACACAGAAUUAUGCACAUAUGAUAAGAUAAUAGACUUCUAUAGUCACUUUUACUAAACACACAGAUGGAAUUACUGCCAGCAGACCAAGACACCGAGAGUGAGGAAUCCGUUCCAAACCAGAGGAUUAACAAGGUUCCCACAGCUUUGAGAUGCAGAAGAUCAAAGCUGAUUGUGCACUUAGAUUUAAAUAACACAGUGCAAUUGUUUGAUACUGUUACCAGACAAGGACCCAAAAGUGCUCUCAGUUACUUUUUAACCACUGUUACCUGGGGACGGAUCAACCAGGAAGGAAAGUGGGAAUGGAUAAGCCGUGUACCUUCCUUGAAUCCGCCUUCUGCUGGGGCUGUGACCUAUUAUUCACAGUUUGGGAAACUGCAGGAUUUCAUAGAGACUGCAGAUGGCUGCCUCUUUGAAAAGAUUUUCACUGAUCACUUACAGCAAAUGGAAUGGACAGAUCCCCAUGAUGAUAACCUGUCUGUGACUGGUGAAGAUGGAAAAGAGUACCACAGGAUCCUCCCAUCUUUCUUUGAGCUAAUUGAUUGUUUGUUAUCACAAAAUAGAGAAUUUGCAAUUGUAUUUCGAACCUUUGGCACAGAUUUGUGUCAAACUUUGAAAGCAAUGCAGGUCACCCUGUUAGGCCAACAUCCUCAGUACAAGCAUCUCCAGAUGAAACAUAUUCCGUUAACAAUAGCACCAGGCAAAAUCCGUUGCAAUAAAAAGGAUGUUGUGUUGACCUUUGGAUCUGAACGAAUUUCCACAAAAUCAGGUUCUAAAGCUCUGUAUGACUAUUUCUCUGCCUUGGAGGGAAUUGUAGGUUUUCAGGAUCAUUUUGACUGGUGGGCUGGGAAUAACUUCUCAAGCCAAGGUGGAAAACCAUUUUGGAUUGAUCCUUCUGAAAGGGGAAUACAGCAUAUCUUCAUAGAUGACAAUAUCCGCUUGGAUGAUGCUGAGACCAUUGUUCAUCCCCAGGUGUUUGUGGAGGGUGGAAGUGGAACCCGAACAAUCCCAACUGCAGAGCUGUAUGACAUUUGCUUGGUUCAGACGGAUCUUCUCAAAGCAAUCCACGACCGGCAUUAUUUCAUAAAGUGUGUGCAACAGUGUGAAGAGAAUUACAGCAAUUAUACAGCUCUCUCAUAAAUGACGCCAUCCUAUUGCAAUGGUAACUUUAGCUGACAAAUUCAGGACAUGUGCUUGAAAAAGAGACUGGAUAAUAUUUAAUAUAUUAAAGAUUAAAGUGAAUAUUGAAAUGAAAUUAAGGUUAAAGUCAUAAUUGAACUGAUAAAUCACUCUUAAAGGACCUGACAUUUAUGGUUACUGUAAAAAUGUUUAAAGUUAUUAAUGCAAACUUAAGCUAUGAUAGAACUCUAUGGUAUUGGUUUCCAUAAUAUUUUAAUAAAGUUGUGUUUAUUGGGAAAUACACUGUAUGGAAAUGUUGCAUUUUAAUAUUUCAGUGGAAGUGAUAAAUAAUGUUUAUUAAUAUUUAACUACUUGAGCUGAACAAUUAGCCUCUUAAGAGAUUUCAGAACAAAUGUAAAUUGUAGUUGCAUCUAUUUCCAUUCUGGGAAUAAACAAAACUUUAGUGAGUUUUAGAGUAUCUGCUGUAGCAGUAUUUUAACAUAUAUCUUAGCUAGCUGUUUAAAAAAACUGAUUAUACAUUAAAAUCUACUAUAUUUCUGAAUCAGUGAUGUGUGCAUGUCAAGAAGGUGAAAAUGAGUGGUCCAUUAACCUAACGCUGCUCAAUAAAUAGCAACUCCAUUUUGCUUCGUAAGUACUGAGAAUGUCAGUCAUCUUCAUGGAAGUUUAACUACUUUGUAAAUCAACAAUUUAGCUAUGAGUAGAUAUUUGGUUGAUUAUUUCAUGUAACUGGUAAGAUCUGGAUUCUUGUACAUAUUAACUUUCUGAAUCUUUGCCAUGUCUGUUAUAAUAAAAGUUCAACUCUCUGU